AUGCGAGAAGAUAUUCAGUGCCUUCGAGGAAUUGCCAUCUUCUUGGUGUUCAUCUAUCACCUUUAUCCAACUUUUUUCGUUAAUGGAUUUCUUGGAGUUGACAUGCAAGUUUUAUCUAUAAUACUUCCUUCUAAACGCCAUCCUCGUUUGUUCAGAUUCUUCGUCAUUUCCGGCUACUUGAUGGCGUCAAACUUGUCGCGGAAAAGGAUAAAAAAUGUGCAGGACAUACUGGAUUUCUACUCCCGAAGAUCCAAACGAAUCCUGCCUCUCUAUUACCUCAUCAUAUUCAUCUCUCUGAUUCUGGUACACCUCUAUCUUGCCGAAGUUUGGUGGUUCCCAAAUCAACGAUACUCCCAUUCUUCUCUAUUUUUGGUCACCAAUCAUUUGUUCAUUGCAGACAGUGGAGACUACUUCAAUGAGGUCACUGACGUUCAUUUUCAGUUCUUUUACCCCUAAAUUGCAGUUCCUCGCCGACGGUUCCUCCCUGAACGCCUUCAUUCAUUUGUGGUCCCUUGGAGUCGAAAUGCAAUUCUACGUGCUCGUCCCGUUCAUUUUCUUUGCUCUUCAAUUCCUGAACAAUAAUAUUCUGAAGCUGAUCGCCGUGACGAUAACUACCGUACUCGGCUUCAUCUGCUUUGCCCUCAUCAAUCCGUCGUUUGGCUUCAACUUCAUGUUGCUCCGUCUCUGGCAGUUCUCCGCUGGAUUCGUGGCCUUUUAUUGGAGCAAAAUAGGCAAAUCCUAUGACGAAUUCCCAGAAAAACACAGCAAAAAAGUGGCACAUACAGAAGAUAUGGUCACAAUUGCACUUUCUGUCAUUCUAACCUGCAUUGUUCCAUACGAAAUCGAAGUUCUGAUCCUCCGGCCACUUGCUACUUUUGCCGCGGCUUUUGUCAUUGCAAACGAAUCACAGGGAAGCAAGGUAUCUGCAAAACUAUUAUAAGACUACAUAUUUCCAUUCAGUUUCUGCGAUCCAAUUCGCUCGUUUAUCUGGGGAACAUUUCGUACACUGUUUACUUGGUUCACUGGCCCAUUAUAGUCAUAUUCACCGGAUUCUCUGUUAAAGAUCGAUUGUUUUGUACUGGUCAGUUCUUUUUAAAACACAGACCCUUGACACUCUCGAAUUCAGUCGCCACCCUCGUGUCUUCGGUCCUCUUCCAUCAUCUGUUUGAAAAGCAGUAUCUGAAGCUGAGCACCCGAGAACUCGUUCCUCUAAUCCUUGCGCUCUUCGCCGGAAACGUUUUUCUUCAGUACAGUGUGAAAGAGCACUCUUUCUGGAAGCCUCAUUAUACGAGAGAAGUGCAAGAUAUAGUCGACAGAAACAUGGCGUUUCUUCCCAAUAUCUGGGAGCAUGAGCCGGUCAAAGACGUGUGCAUUGAGGAUAAACUCAACUAUGACAAUAUCAAAGUGCUUUCGUUCUGCCACUAUCCGGUAGCUUGAUUUGAAAGUGAAAAGUAGGGUUACGGUUGCUGCUGCUUCAGAAAGGCACGGGGAACUUGUCCAUAAUGAUAAUUGGGAACAGCUAUGUGGCCAAUCUGAAUGAGCACAUUCGGGCGCACUUCAACUACAACUACUCGGACUACAGAUCCUAUUCGAUUUUGUGUGAGUCAACUUCCGGAUCCAGCACAUAAAGUUUCACUUUUGCAGCAAAUCUCGGAACUCAUGCCGUGAGUUCUGAAUCUCAAAUUGCAUUGGAUGUGGGGAAAAAAGAGGUGGCAAUUCACAAACCCGAUGUUUUGUUACUUGUUUCCAGGUAUUCCAAACUUGCCCUAACUAUCAUCGAAGAAAUGUUUCAGAUAUCAUGUGAGAUUAAACGAACCAAUGCUUGACGAUGACGAUCUUUUGAAGGAAAUGAAUGAGAACAUUGCAUUCUAUGAGAGGUUUUACACCCUUGUACACCCAGAAUGACGAACAAUAACUUUCAGAUUUGUGAAGAAGAUUUACAUUUUGGGACCGCAACCACUUUACGAUAUCAGUUUCCUCAGUCGAUUUUUGCACUUUGUCACAACAAAACCAAAUGAACUCGAUUCUCUGCACCUGGAUAAAAAGUUGGCGGAAGUGCAGAUCAAGUAUGCACGCAAGAGAUUCAGUAUGAUCGAGUGCCAGAAGUGCCAUGUAAGCCCAUAAUGCGCUACCGUAACCCUACAGUAAUCCUUUCCAGGUAUUCGAUCUCAGUCACACCUUUCUCAGGGACGACAAGUACCUCACUUUCGACCCGGAAACGAUGCUGGCCCACGUGGACAACGGAAUCCACAUAACUGCCGCUGGAAUCAAGCUGUUCGAGCCGGUUUUCGAGAGAAUCGCCAAGGAAAUUAUGCAAAACACUUGA